CUCUCAUCAUACAAAUCUUAGCUUUGAAUUCCCACUUUUGUUCAACCGUCUCUCUGUCUGUCUACCUUUUUCCUGUUCAUUGCUAUCUGCAUCUUCAAACCGACACCAUUUCCACGAUAUGUCUCUUCAUUUUUCUCGACUUCCUCCGUAGCAUUCAGCAAUGUCUUUUGCUCGCUUUUUGAAAAACAAAGGGAUAUUAGCCAAGUGCGUGAUUUUCUUCAAUGUAGGGGAAGACUGAUUUUUGGAGUGAUAAGAAGUGACAAAAUGAUUUGGUAGAUCCAUUGGCUGCAUGGGAGGCUUAUUUCGUCUUUUUGAUUUCCAUCAAGGCAGCAUGGCCAGGAAAAUUCUUGCACAGAAGAAACUUGUUGGUGGCCUGGAAGCUCCACGAAAUAGCUUGGAGCUGCAAUUAGAAACUUCUCAGAGCUACUGUGCUACAGGGGAUCUGCCGUACUCUUAUCAAGUAGAAGAAGAUUGGGCAGCAAAGAACUGUUAUCAAACUGAGGCUUCAAUGAAGAAAUUGAUUAGUGAGGAGAUGUCCAAAAAAUCUAACACCAGACAGAAUUCACCUAGUAUUGUUGCCCGAUUGAUGGGGAUGGAUGUGUUGCCAUUGGAUACAAAAUCUGCAGUUCAACCAGUUGAGAAAAAGAAUGAUAACCAGCCAGUCAAGUUUUCUAAAAGGGAAAAAAAUGCCAAGGGCUCAGCUGUCCAUUUGGCUUCUAACUCAAACUACGCAAAGCAAAUGGAAGUUGACUCUAUCUACGGUAGUAGAGACAGAGAUGCUGAGAGAUGGAAUACCAACCAGAAGUUCGGAAAGCCUAGGCAUCGUGAACAUCCUCAGGAGGAAGAACUGCAAAAGUUUAAGAAAGAAUUUGAGGCAUGGCAAGCAGCCAGGCUUAGGGAAUGUUCAAAGGUUGUUGAUGUUGGAAGCAUUUCUACACAUCAACUUGCUCAAGAGAAACUGAAAAAGGAAAAGAUGGCACUUUAUGCAGAUUCUAUAAGAGCAGUGCAUGAGAAGCCUGUGGAAUCCAAGAGGUUUACAGUAAAAGAAAAUUUGCGUGAAAGGUGUUUGCAUCAUCACAGGCAUAAAUUAGAACUCUUUACAGCUGAGCAAGAAGAAUCAAGAAGACAAAGCAUGAAUAAGGAUUUUCAGCUACCUUCCAUGAUAGAUUAUAACGAGAAAGUAGAUGCUGCUCCUACAAGAAUAGUGAUUUUGAAGCCUGGUCCUGAUAGGAUUUGUGAUCAUGUAGAAUCAUGGACCAGUUCCUCUGGCACUUUUGGAGACAGAGGUAGUAUAGAAGAUUUUCUUGAGGAGGUAAGGGAACGACUAAAAUUGGAACUGCAAGGUAAAACUCUUAAAAAGAGUUCUGUGGUCAGAGGAAGUGGAAUUGAGACCCCUUACAGUGAAAAGCCAUCUGAUCCAAGACAAAUUGCUAAGCAUAUAGCAAAACAGGUCAGAGAAAAUGUUACUAGGGAUCUUGGAAUGAGUUUAGUCCGAUCAGAAUCAACCAGAUCAUAUAGAGGUGAAAUUCAGUUCAAUGGACUAGGCUCCCCGGAGUUCAUUAACAAAGAUACAAGAAGAUUCUUGUCAGAGAGACUAAGGAAUGUUCUAAAGCAAGAAACACAGUUGGAUGUACCAAUAGUUUCCACUGGCGGCUCUGCAUCAUCUGUGUUUGAUAAUGGAAGGGAUAGGCUGGAACAACUACAAGAUAUGUCAAAGUCUGGAAAUGAGCAGAACUACUGGGAAAUUGUUAAAGAUGAACAAGAAAUGCAAAACCGAUCUUUCAGGCGUGGAGAUGAUGUUGGGCUGCUAAACAGGGAACUGUCCCCUAGAAAUCUCAUUAGGUCUUUGUCAGCCCCAGUCUCAGGAACAUCAUUUGGGAAGCUGCUUUUAGAGGAUCGCCAUAUUGUAACUGGUGCACAGAUCAGGAGGAAGCAUGAAGGCAUUGAAAAUGUGUCAAUAGACGUUAGAAAAGGGAAGAAAGAAAAGUUCAAUUUGAAAGAAAAAGUUUCUAAUACGCUUAGACGGAGGCUGUUUGGCAAGAAGAUUCAAUCAAUGGUGGAAUCAUACAAUGCUGAUAAUGAUCCUGCAAAAGAUAUCUUGAGUGGACCGACAGUUGUUAUGAACUUCGGUGAGAGGCAUGAGAAUUAUACUGAGGUACCUCCCAGCCCGGCGUCUGUUUGCAGCAGCACACAUGAAGAAUUUUGGAGGCAAGUGGAUUAUCUCAGCCCAAUAUCAACACCGGAUGUGACUUUGGUUGAAGAUAAUGCUGUACCACAGGUUUUCAAAGAGAUCAGCUCUAAUUUGAAUGAGCUGAGGAGGCAACUGAAUGAACUUGAGUCUGAUGGGGCAGACGACAUAACAAUUGAACAGGAGCCUAUUGAAUCUGAAAUGGUGGAUCUAGAGGACCAUGCCGAAGAAUAUGUAAGAGAUCUGCUUAUUGCUUCUGGUUUGUAUGAUGGAUCAUGUGACAAAUCCUUAUCUAGAUGGGACCCAUUAGCGAAGCUUAUCAGUAAAUCAAUCUUUGAACAAGUGGAAGAUUCUUAUAGAAAAUUGGCCAAGGAGAAUGAUAGCGCUAGAAAUUAUCAGAAUGAGAAGGCAGAUCACAAAGUGUUACUUGAUUUGUUGAAUGAAGCACUUGCAACCAUACUUGGGCCUCCGGUAACCAUGUCUAGGUUCAGGAGAAAGCUUCUUGGUUCCUCUAUAUUGCCAACUCCUCGGGGAAGGAAGUUGUUGAAUUCUGUGUGGGAGAAUAUCCAUAUCAAAUUAUAUCCUCCAAAUGAUAGAUGCUACUACUCACUUGAUAGCAUGGUGGCGCAGGAUCUAGAAUCCACCCCUUGGUCUGGUUUGAUGGAUGAUGAAACUAAUAUUUUGGGAAGAGAGGUGGAAUGUCACAUUAUUGGAGAUAUGGUUGAGGAAAUUGUGAAGGACAUGCAUUCAUGAUGGUGCAUGCAUUAAUGAGGUUUUGACAGCAGGUUAGAUGUAAGUAUGAAAACAGUGUGACGUCGUCUGUUAGAAGUAGCAUAUACAUGGAGGUGAUUACAUGGUUAAACCCUGGGGUGGGAUUGCCGUGCUUGCUUGAUAAAGGUGAAUAUUGAUGGGAGAUUGCCUGUCCAUGUACAUAUUACUUGCCGACAAAGGUUAAGAUGAUCAGGUUUAUACAUAGUGUACAUGAUUGCUUGUAUUACUGGAUGUUUCUUUAUAAAUAUUUGUUAUUUAUCCGGCAAUUUGUUGGAUGCAGCUUUUCUGAUCUUGUUGUCUAAUAUUUGAGAGCGCAAAAUGUAACUAUUUGGUUCUUGAUCUAGUUGUCUAAUCCUUGGCCACUUUGGUCCAUGUGAGUUAUUUUCCUGUUUUGGCAUGAAAACUGAACCGAUCAGAGCAUGUUAUUGGCUUUUUUUUUAUUAAAAAAAAUGUUGCAACCUGAAAGUACCAACACAUACAAAAAAGGCCGCAGGCUGGAAAAUCAACAGUGAAAACGAACUGUGACAACUGUUGAUGAGAUAAGUGAUGAGUCUGGGGAAUUUUGAGAACUGUGAAUCAUAAGAUGCUAGUUACAUAUGAAUCCUUUGUGGGAAAGGUGGCUGGCUCUGCGUAAAUGUCUCCGCUUUCUUGAAUGAUUCUUCCGUUUUAAAUGAAUCCUUCGAAAUUAGAUCUGGUCUCAUUUUGGAAGCUGGGAGAUUUUAUUGAAGAGUUUAUUUUCAGUCUACUUUGUAUUCAGUCACACACUAUUGUUGGGGGAACUCUUUCCAUGCUGCAAUUUGAUCGGCGAUUGAGUUCCAUUUACCCGUAAUCAGGCCAUCAGCGCAUCAGUUGUUGGGACAAUGGACUAAUGAGGUUUCAACUUUCAACCAAACCCAUGAGUGACUUCCUUCCACUCAACUAAAGCCUGUCAGUGUCAGCUGCAAACUUAUUCAUGAGACGCCGAAGACCUGCUUCUUCUCAAUCUGCGCCUUCACAUAUACCAAUAAUUCAAUACUUUUUUUUGUGCAAUACUUCGCCAUUUUCUCCACUACAUUUUUAAGUCUUUGUCUUGUUGAGGCAAGAUCCAGGAAGUUAACACUGGGCCCUGACCCUGCAAAACAAACCCCUAAAGUGGGGGGAUAAGCCACUGGGCUCUAGAAUGAAUAAAAUAUUUGCUCCUGGCCAGGGGCCCAGGAUCAUCGUGUUGACAUUUCUUAAAUUGGGCUGGCCUAACUUUAAUCGGAUGUGGCCUAACCAGAAUGGAAAUUUGCUAAUUCGCUUGGCUUUCUGGCGCUGCCCGCUGCUGUGCUGCUGAAAACAGAGCAGCGCCACAAAAGUUCCCGCUUGAAGAUGAAGGCCAAUAAUGUAAACUACUAUUUUUUCCAACUUAGAAAAGUAAGAUUCACCAAAUAAUGAAUUCAAGGCUUGAAAGAAGGAAGAAACAAUAGGAUAUGUUCCUUUUUUACGACAAAUCUCUACCAAAAGUAGGUAAAAGCGCAAAUUAGAGAAAGAGUAAGAAAACAAUUGAAAGGAAGAGGAAAGACCAUCAUCAGAAGAUCUCCCACUAGAUUACAAUCUUAUUUCUUUGUGCAAAAAAUUAGAGAGGCCCACUUUAGAGUCUUGGAAUGGUCCUUUGAAACUUGACGUUUGAUCAAAUUUUGAUUCGUCGGGAGGGCUUCAUAAUCUUUGUUAGGUACACCAAAUUGUCCUGUCCAAAUGAGAAUCCAAGGAAAAAAAAAAAAAAAAACACCGAAAGAAAGAUGGAAGAUCCAAGAGAACCUGUUAUCACUGUCAUUCAAAAGGUGUAAUGCCAAGUAAAGCCAAUCAAACCAAGCGGAAACAAGCUCCUAAUUUUUUUCUUUCAUAAACCAGUCCCACAGAUGACUGCCAGUGCCACUGCCAGCUUUGGAAGCUAAAAGAAGAAGCCAAAGUAUUUCCCCUAUUGCUUCUUGACUUUCUCUGCAGCAACUAAUUGGACAAUUGUUAGUUAACUAUUUGAUUUCACUGGGCGCACAUUCUCUUAUUUAGGCACAGCUUAUAGCUAGGUGAGUUACAGUAGUUAUGCACCAAACCACGCCAACCGAUGAUGGUCGGUGAUACUGAU